GAGUAUAAGAGUGCGCAGUCGGGUAAGAGUACGCAGAUCAUUUUUAUUAUGUUGGUAUCACUGCAAGCUAAUGCCAGUGCGGUGUUUAGGUGUGUAUGCGUGAACGCUGUUUCCUACUAAGUUGUUUCGAGUUACGUGUAUUUUGCCUGGAAGUUAUAGAGGAAUAAGUGAUUUACUGUAAAAGGUAUGUAAUUUUUUUAAUAAACAAUUUAGUGUUUUUGAACUCUUUAAGAUUUGUUAUUUCGUUUAAAGUUUAUUUCAUAAUAAAGUACGUCAUGUCGAGAACAACAUGGCGUGGUUAGCAGUUCUCUAUGUGUACUGUGCUGCUAUCUGUUGACGAUGUAACGAAACACUACGUAUGUGGCUAAGAGUGCGCACUGGGUUUGUGAAUGCGUACUCUUAGCCUCCCACAUUUGUUCCACUGUUAUCAAAAGAAACUUUUCUCUAUGGAAAUGUAUCAUAUUACUUUAAGUGUAGUGAUAACAGCAAUACUAAAUAAUACAUAAAUACUUGUUUCUAUUAACAUUAUUUAUUAUUUUGAUGUGAAUUUACCUUCAUUGUUGCAGAUAUGAUAUCUUUAUGAAUGGCUCCAUACAAGCGAAAAAGUGAGAGGGUUCUGACCACACAGGACAUCUUAGAUGAAGCAAAACGGAAAAUAGAGGCUGGUGACAGUAAAAGGAAAGUGGCCAGAGAUUUGGGAAUUAAGGAAAGCACAUUAAGGAAAAGACUCAAAGCAGGGACGGUUCCGGUAUCACUUGGGCGCUUUAAAAAUGCUUUGUCAGAUGAAAUGGAAAAAGAACUUGCACAGCAUUGUAAAGAUUUGGACAACAGGUUCUACGGCCUUACAAGAAAGCACAUAAUGAAAGUAGCUUUUGAUUUUGCAGAGAAGAAUGGAGUUUCUGAAAGAUUCAACCAAGAAAAAAAGUUGGCAGGAAAAGAUUGGUUAAAAGGGUUUUGCAAACGCCACAAACUUUCUGUUCGUGCGCCAGAAUUAUGCAGUGUUGCAAGAGCGGUGGGUUUCAAUAAAGUUCAAGUUUCAAGAUUUUUUGAAAACUUGAAGCAGUGUCGUCUCGAAAAAAAGUUUCCACCGCACAGGAUCUUCAAUAUGGACGAAACAGGGGUCACUACGGUUCCCAACAAAACACCCAAGAUAAUUAGCCCCAAAGGAAAAAAAACUGUCUUCAAGGUAAAUUAG